CCCCAUCAGAUCAUCCCACUUCCUCCAAAUCUGCCCCUUUCUCUUUCAGGCAUUUUCCCGAACACCUCGCGAGCAGACCCGUUUCGCCAUCCUUACCGACAAUGGCGACCCACGACGACGCGCCAAAAUCCGGAUCUGGAGCCAACGGCGAAGCCCCGCCGCCGCCGCAGCAGCGCAAGGUGGCCCUGAUCACCGGCAUUACCGGCCAGGACGGGUCGUACCUCACCGAGUUAUUGCUCGACAAGGGGUACGAGGUGCACGGCCUGAUCCGCCGCUCCUCCAAUUUCAACACCCAGCGGAUCAACCACAUCUACAUCGACCCCCACAACGCCCACAAGGCCCGGAUGAAGCUCCACUACGCCGAUCUCACCGACGCCUCCUCCCUCCGCCGCUGGAUCGACACGAUCGCCCCCGACGAGGUCUACAAUCUCGCCGCCCAGUCCGUGGCGGUCUCCUUCGAGAUCCCCGAUUACACCGCCGACGUCGUCGCCACGGGCGCCCUCCGCCUCCUCGAGGCCGUGCGCUCACACGUCUCCGCCACCGGCCGCAGCCACAUCCGUUACUACCAGGCCGGGUCCUCGGAGAUGUUCGGAUCGACCCCGCCGCCGCAGUCGGAGACCACCCCGUUCCACCCGCGGUCCCCCUACGCCGCGUCCAAGUGCGCCGCGCACUGGUACACCGUGAACUACCGCGAGGCCUACGGGCUGUUCGCGUGCAACGGGAUCCUGUUCAACCACGAGUCCCCGCGGCGGGGCGAGAACUUCGUGACCCGGAAGAUCACUCGGGCCGUGGGGCGGAUCAAGAUCGGGCUGCAGAGCAAGCUGUUCCUGGGAAAUCUGCAGGCCUCCCGGGACUGGGGGUUCGCCGGGGACUACGUGGAGGCUAUGUGGAUGAUGUUGCAGCAAGAAAAGCCGGAUGACUACGUGGUGGCGACGGAGGAGUCACACACGGUGGAGGAGUUCUUGGAAGUAGCUUUUGGGUAUGUUGGGCUGAAUUGGAGGGACCAUGUGGUGAUCGAUAAGAGGUACUUCAGACCGGCGGAGGUCGACAACUUGAAGGGAGAUGCGAGUAAGGCCAAGAAGGUGCUGGGUUGGAAGCCCAAUGUUGGGUUUGAGAAGUUGGUGAAGAUGAUGGUCGAUGAGGACAUUGAAUUGGCCAAGAGAGAGAAGGUUCUUGUUGAUGCUGGGUACAUGGAUGCUCAGCAACAGCCUUGAGAAUUUGAUCAGCUCGAAGCAAGUAAAGUUAAUAUUUUGUAAGGUUUAAAGGGUUGGAGAUGUUCUUGGGAUGGCUAUAGGUUCUUUACCAGUUAAUUGUCUAUCUUGCUGGGUAGACCAAUGAGCUCAAAUGCCUCUUGGAUUUGUUGUAAUUUACCCUAUUCAUUCGCUUUUAAUUAGUACAUUUAGAUUUGUUCAUUUUCCUUGGUUUGCCUCAUUUGAAGUUGCUACCUACUCGUUCAA